UACAGAUUAUCUAGCUUUGACACUGAGUUGAGAUAUUAUUGUGUCCUUGAUUUAGAGGUGUGAGCAUAAAAGUUUCACAUUUCUGGCCAACCCUUUUACAGGAAGUAUACAUUGCUGAGUAUUUACAUUAUUAUUUGGUGAGUAUACAUUGUAUUGCAUACUUUGCAUUUGAUUCUGUACUUUGUUUAUUUUUUUUUUGUACUGCAUAUUUUGACUUUACAUUUAUCAGUACUUACACUUAUUACUGUAAUCAGGUAAGUCAUAUACACACAUACUUACAACAUGGCUACAGGAGGAGAUGAGGUCAUCACUCAUCAACCGAAGAGUCCAUCAUUGGAGAUAGAUCCUGACAUUAAGAAGAUGAUGGAUGCAUUUGCAAAGAUGGGAGUUAAACCCAAGGCAGAUACACCAGAGGAACUUACUGAUUGGAUGAUGGGAUUUUUGAAGAUGAAAGGAAAGAUAAAGGAGGAACCAGAGGCCAAAAUUGAUUUACAACCACCACCUAUACCAUCAAAACCAGAAGAAAAAGUUACCAAGACAGUUAUUAACCAUCCACCGAAGAUAGCAUGGUUUUCAGGAACUGAAAUCAAAGCUGGAGAUGUUACAUUUGAGGUAUGGAGGCAUGAGGUGAGAGUCCUUAUGAAGCAGAACUAUGACAAAGAUGCCAUACUCAACACCGUAAGCAGUCAGGGGCGUUACUUAAACAAAAGAUCUUUACGUGGAGAAGCUGGAAUGGUUGCCAUGAGAUUGGAUUUAGAUGCUUCAGUUCAAGAGAUACUACAGAAGCUAGACAGUGUUUAUGGUAGUGUGGAGAAGAAGGAGGAAUUAUUGGCAGAAUUUUACAGCGCACGUCAAGGAACAGAUGAGAGCGUUACUACCUGGAGUUGUAGACUAGAGAGCAUACUUGGGAAAGCCAAAGAAAGAGGAUUAGUACAACCAAAGGACAUUGAUGAGAUGCUACGAUCUAUGCUUUGGACUGGACUUAGGACAUCUUUAAAAGACAUAUCCGGCCACAAGUAUGAUACCAUCAAGACCUUUGAUGCACUUAGAGUAGCCAUACGCCAGAUAGAGGGUGAUCAUUUACUGAGGGAGUCAUCAACUUCAUCUAAGCCACACACCAGCAAGGCAGCAACUGAAGUUAAGGAAACACCAUCAGAAUUUGAGGAACUCAAAGGAAUGAUACAUCAACUGGUUAACAGGAUGGACACUUAUGAGGCAAACAAACAACAUACACCUCCAUGGCAACAACAACAAGAACAUCAGCAACAACAAUGGCAACAACAGAUACCACCUUGGCAACAACGACAACCAUGGAAUGGUCAACCACAACAACAGAGAGGUAGAGGAAAGAACUAUGGACAAGGACAGAACAGAAAUCAGUACAACAACACAAGACAACAACCACAAAGGAACAACAGAGAUCAGUUUGCGUGUUGGAGAUGUGGACAAUUUGGACACAGGAAGGCAGACUGCAAUGUGAGGUUAGACCACAGUAGGAAGAAUUUAAACUGGCAGCAACCUAUGAAGGGGGAACAUCCAUAGGUAUUGCAAGACAACAAGUUCCCAGAAGCAACAGAGUUAAGAUGCCAGCAGGACUUUUUGGAACACCAACUGAAACACAGAUUUUUAUCAACGGAAAGGAAACAUCAACACUUUUAGACACUGGCUCAACCGUUUCCACCAUUAGCGACAGCUUCUUUCGGGAACAUAUAUCAACACCUUUGAAGAACUUGGAUACAUUACUGGACAUUGAAUGCGCUGAUGGUCAGCAGUUACCAUAUCUUGGAUAUACAGAGGUUGAAUUGGAAAUACCUGGACACAAGCAGAUACAAUCUUGCAUACUAUUGGUAGUACCAGACAGCAGAUACAACCAUGAAGUACCACUCUUGCUUGGGACCAACACACUUACAGCAAUCAUGGACACAUUUGAAAAAGAACUUGGGCAAAGAUUUUUGCAGAACAGUUGCCUUACUACACCAUGGUACCUUACAUUCCGCUGUAUUCUACUACGUGAGCGAGAACUUCUGAAGAACAACAACAGAUUAGGAAUCAUCAAGAGCGCAGAAGUCAAGAGUAUCACUGUACCACCUAACUCUUACAUCUCAUUGACUGGAUAUUUGGAUAAGGAGAUACCAUACUA